AGCGAUAGAUAAAGGCGAGAGGAUAAAAAAAAGUAUCAGUCGUCAAUCGUACCUAUCACCCCGCACUCUUUUUUCUAUCCUCCCAAUCCAACGCCGUCACUCUGGAUCACCCAAUAUCGAAUGUUAUCCGGAUCGCCAUUGGACCAACCUUGUUCUCUGCAUUAUCUUUCACGUUAUCAUCGUUCUUUCGCAUCUGCCGAUCUAAAGCCAAGUUAUCAAACGCUGACAUAAAAAUUGUGAAUUAGCUAGACCUGACGUUUAAGCAGCGUCAGCUGCUCUCAUUCGCCGUAUACACACAGGGGCCGCGUCUCUCGAGGCAUCUAGAUACCUCCGACCCUCUCUCUAUUACUUUUCACCUCCAAUUGGCCCUAUUGUUCUCUUGCCUGACAUGGGCCUUCCUGCCGACUUCGACGAUAGACAAACACAGUUAGAGUCCGAGGCCGAGGCCUACCAUCCUUAUGAAUAUCAAACAGAGAAUAACGACUCCUGGGCUGGCGCCCUGCCGGUGAAGCAAGGAUUGUACGAUCCUAGCUUCGAAAAAGAUGCAUGUGGUGUCGGUUUUGCCUGCCACAUCAAGGGCAAGGCAAGCCAUAAAAUCGUCAGCGAUGCCCGCAAUCUCCUGUGCAACAUGACCCAUCGUGGUGCGGUUGGUUCUGAUGCUCGAGACGGUGAUGGUGCUGGUGUCAUGACUUCGAUUCCUCAUAGGUUCUUUAUCAAGAAUUUUGAGAAGGAGGAAGGCAUUAAACUGCCUCCUCUGGGACAAUAUGCCGUGGGAAAUCUUUUCUUUAAACCAGAUGAGGAGACGUUGCAGGAGUCGAAGAGGCAAUUGGAAGAUAUUGCCGAAUCGCUCGGGUUAAGAGUUCUAGGUUGGCGAUCACCUCCUGUAGACUCUUCUCUCCUUGGUCCUGCUGCGUCCUCGCGAGAGCCAUUUAUUCUCCAGCCCUUUGUUGUUCUUGCAUCUGCGUAUGGCUCUGGAAAUGCUCCUGAAAUGACGGACCCAGAGAAAUUCGAUGAACGGCUGUUCGAACGACAAUUGUAUGUCCUUCGAAAGCGUGCUACCCACUCCAUCGGCCUUCAUAAUUGGUUUUACUUGUGCUCCUUGUCAAACAAGAACAUUGUCUACAAGGGACAACUUGCCCCCAUCCAAGUUUAUCAGUAUUACCAUGAUCUGGUAAAUGCCGAUUACGAGGCUCAUUUUGCCCUCGUACACUCUCGUUUUUCCACAAACACCUUCCCUUCCUGGGAUCGUGCUCAACCACUGCGAUGGGCAGCUCACAAUGGUGAGAUCAACACCCUUCGCGGUAACAAGAACUGGAUGCGUGCCCGGGAAGGUGUAAUGCAAUCUGAUAUAUUCGGUGAUGAGCUUGAGCAUUUAUACCCGAUUGUUGAGGCUGGCGGCUCUGACUCGGCUGCUUUUGAUAACGUAUUAGAAUUGCUCACCAUCAAUGGCGUCCUCUCGCUACCCGAAGCAGUUAUGUUAAUGGUCCCUGAGGCCUGGCAAGGUAACACCGCCAUGGACCCCAAGAAAGCUGCAUUUUACGAAUGGGCCGCAUGCCAAAUGGAGCCUUGGGAUGGCCCUGCUCUCUUCACAUUCGCUGAUGGACGAUUCUGCGGUGCCAACUUAGACCGAAAUGGUCUCCGUCCCUGCCGAUACUACAUAAUGGACGACGACCGUAUAAUCUGCGCUUCCGAAGUCGGUACUAUUCACGUUGACCCCGAGCGAGUUAUCCAAAAGGGACGAUUACAGCCAGGUCGUAUGCUGCUAGUCGACACUCAAGCUGGUCGUUUGAUCGACGACUCGGAGCUUAAGUCAGCUGUGUCUAACCGCAAUGACUUCCGAUCUUGGAUCGACCAGGAGCUUAUUAGCCUGCCCAAGGUUCUAAGCCGUGUAUCGGGAGAGCAAGCAAUUGACGUUGCAGCGAAGCUCAAUGCCACACGCCUCCAAGAGGACCCUAUGCUACUUGCAUUCGGAUAUACCUAUGAACAAGUUAGCUUACUCCUUGCGCCGAUGGCGUCAGACGAAAAGGAAGCAUUGGGAUCCAUGGGUAACGAUGCACCGUUAGCUUGUCUUUCUCAGGCUCCUCGCUUGCUUUACGAGUACUUCCGACAACUUUUCGCUCAGGUCACAAACCCUCCUAUCGACCCGAUCAGAGAGUCUAUUGUCAUGUCGUUAGAAUGCUACGUGGGACCGCAGGGUAACUUGCUUGAGAUGGACCCCUCUCAAUGUGCUCGAUUAUUACUGCCAAGCCCCAUCCUCUCUAUCCCCGAAUUCAACUCCUUGACCAACAUGUCCAAGUUGUACCCUGACUGGACGGUGAAGACAAUUGACCUUACGUUCCCUAAGUCAGACGGUGUUGCUGGUUACAUGAAGCACCUCGACUUCAUCUGCGAUGAAGCUACUGCUGCCAUUGAGGCUCGAGACAGAAUUAUCGUACUCUCCGACCGAAAAACAUCCGCCGACCGCGUUGCUGUAUCAUCUCUCCUAGCUUCCGGUAUGGUCCACCACCAUCUUGUCAGCAACAAGUGGCGAUCUAUGGCCGCCAUUGUUCUCGAGACAGCCGAGGCACGUGAAGUCCACCAUAUGUGUGUCUUGCUCGGUUAUGGUGCAGAUGCCGUCAACCCAUACCUUGCUAUGGAGUGUAUUCUGAAGCUCAACCGCGAAGGCUUGAUCAGGAAGAAGCUCUCCGAUGAUACUCUCAUCGCAAACUACAAGCACUCUUGCGAUGGUGGUAUUCUCAAGGUCAUGAGCAAGAUGGGUAUUUCAACCCUGGCCAGUUAUAAGGGUGCUCAGAUUUUCGAGGCACUUGGUGUCGAUGACGAGGUUGUUGAGCGAUGCUUCAGGGGAACUGCUUCGCGUAUCAAGGGUCUCACUUUCGAGCUCAUUGCCGAGGAUGCAUUCCGCUUCCACGAGCGUGGUUUCCCUUCGCGUCAGACUGUUAGCGUCCCUGGUCUGCCCGAAUCCGGUGAAUACCAUUGGCGCGAUGGUGGUGAAGCUCACAUAAACGAUCCUACUUCGAUUGCAAAUAUCCAAGAUGCUGUCCGCACUAAAAAUGACAAGUCGUAUGAGGCAUACUCCCGCUCGGAGUAUGAACAAAUCAAGGCUUGCACGCUACGUGGCAUGCUUGAUUUUAAAUUUGAGGAGAGCAAUCCCAUUCCAAUUGAACAGGUAGAGCCUUGGACUUCAAUUGUUACGAGAUUCUGCACAGGUGCCAUGUCUUAUGGUUCGAUCUCCAUGGAAUCUCACUCUACUCUAGCCGUCGCGAUGAACCGAUUAGGCGGAAAAUCGAACACUGGUGAAGGUGGAGAGGACCCUGAGCGAUCACAAGUCAUGCCAAACGGUGACACAAUGAGAUCGGCUAUCAAGCAGGUCGCCUCUGGGCGUUUCGGUGUGACCUCAGCUUACCUUGCCGAUUCCGAUGAGCUACAAAUCAAGAUGGCACAAGGCGCCAAGCCUGGUGAAGGUGGUGAACUUCCCGGUCACAAGGUUUCGAAGUCCAUUGCCCGAACCCGUCACUCAACUCCCGGUGUCGGUCUUAUCUCGCCUCCUCCUCACCACGAUAUCUACUCCAUUGAAGAUUUGAAGCAGCUCAUUUACGACCUUAAGUGCUCAAGCCCCCGAUCUCGCGUUUCCGUUAAGCUGGUUUCUGAGACUGGUGUUGGUAUUGUCGCCUCUGGUGUCGCCAAGGCCAAGGCCGACCACAUUCUCAUUUCUGGACACGAUGGUGGUACUGGUGCUAGUCGAUGGACUGGUAUCAAGUACGCCGGUCUUCCCUGGGAGUUGGGUCUUGCUGAAACCCAUCAGACGCUCGUCCUAAACGAUCUCCGUGGCCGUGUUGUCGUACAAACUGAUGGUCAACUCCGAACUGGACGCGAUGUUGCAAUCGCCUGUCUGCUUGGUGCCGAGGAAUGGGGUUUCGCUACCACUCCCUUGAUUGCCAUGGGUUGCAUUAUGAUGAGGAAGUGCCACCUGAACACCUGCCCUGUGGGUAUCGCAACACAGGACCCAGAACUUCGCAAGAAGUUUUCUGGCACCCCUGAGCACGUUAUCAACUUUUUCUACUAUGUCGCCAACGAGCUCCGAGCCAUUAUGGCUCAGCUUGGUUUCCGCACCAUUAACGAAAUGGUUGGACACGUAGAAUGCCUAAAGGUCCGAGACGAUCUCCGAACCAACAAGACUUCUAACAUCGAUCUCUCUCUCAUUCUUACGCCUGCUCACAAGCUCAGACCUGGUGUUGCUACGUUCAACGUUCGAAAGCAGGACCACCGUCUAUAUGUCCGACUAGACAACAAGCUCAUUUCGGAAGCUGAGUUGACUCUUGAUAAGGGACUUCCAUCUCGCAUCGAGUGUGAUAUUGUCAACACCGAUCGUGCUAUGGGUACAUCUCUUUCCUACCAGAUUUCGAAGCGCUAUGGAGAAGCUGGUCUUCCAAUGGACACUGUCCAUGUCAACAUCAAAGGCUCCGCCGGUCAAUCUUUCGGUGCCUUCCUUGCUCCUGGUGUUACAUUGGAAUUGGAGGGUGAUGCCAACGAUUACGUUGGUAAGGGUCUCUCUGGUGGACGACUCAUCAUCUACCCUCCCCGGUCGGCUGUUUUCAAGGCUGAGGAGAACGUUCUUAUCGGUAAUGUGUGCUUAUACGGAGCGACUAGCGGUACUUGCUUCUUCCGUGGUGUCGCUGCUGAGCGUUUCGCCGUCAGAAACUCGGGUGCCACAGCCGUUGUCGAAGGCGUUGGUGACCACGGUUGUGAGUACAUGACUGGUGGUCGUGUUGUCAUCUUGGGAAGCACUGGUCGUAACUUUGCUGCUGGUAUGUCGGGUGGCAUUGCAUACGUCCUAGACAUUCACGACGACUUUAUUGCCAAGCUGAACAUGGAGAUGGUUGAAGCCUCUGAGGUUACCGACCCCACUGAAAUUGCUUUCCUCCGGGGCCUAAUCGAGGAUCACCACCACUACACUGGAUCCGAGCUGGCUGCUCGUAUCCUUGUAGACUUCAACAGGGCACUCCCACGUUUCGUUAAGGUUCUUCCCGUAGACUACAAGAGAGUCUUGGAGGAGGAAGCCGCCAAGGCUGCUGAGGCUAAGCGUGCUGAAUACAACUUACCUAUUGUUUCUGGUGUCCAGGCAAAGAAGGAAGAGAAGGCCGCCAAGCUCCAGGAUAUCGAAGAGACAGUUGGUGAUAAUGCGGCUGAGAAGAAGCGUGCUCUCGUCCUUGACAAGACUAAGGGUUUCAUGAAGUACCAGCGACGAUCGGAGAAAUAUCGUACUGUUAAGACCAGAACGAAGGAUUGGGCUGAGCUUUCUCAACGUCUAAACGAAGACGAACUUAAGUACCAGUCCGCCCGAUGUAUGGACUGUGGUGUUCCCUUCUGUCAAUCCGACACGGGUUGCCCGAUCUCCAACAUUAUUCCCAAGUGGAACGAGUUGGUCUUCCAGAAUCAAUGGCAAGAUGCUCUCAACCGUCUGCUCAUGACCAACAACUUCCCUGAGUUCACUGGUCGUGUUUGCCCUGCUCCUUGCGAAGGUGCCUGCGUCCUUGGUAUCAACGAAGACCCCGUAGGUAUCAAAUCCAUCGAGUGCGCGAUUAUUGACCGUGGUUUCGAGAUGGGUUGGAUGGUCCCGCAACCUCCUGAGGUCCGAACUGGCAAGAAGAUUGCUGUCAUUGGUUCCGGUCCUGCUGGUCUUGCUUGUGCCGACCAACUGAACCGUGCUGGACACACUGUCACUGUCUACGAGCGUGCUGACCGAGCUGGUGGUCUUCUCAUGUAUGGUAUCCCCAACAUGAAGCUUGAUAAGCGUGUCGUCAAGCGCCGAACGGACUUCAUGGCUGCUGAGGGUGUUCAAUUCAAGACUGGUGUUACCAUCGGUGAAGAUAUCACUUUGAUGGACCUCAAGGCCAAGAACGAUGCUGUUGUCAUCGCUACCGGUGCUACUGUUGCCCGAGACCUUCCGAUCAAGGGACGCAACCUUGAGGGUAUCCACUUUGCUAUGGAAUUCCUACAUAAGAACACCAAGUCUCUGCUUGAUUCUGAGCUGGCUGACGGUGCUUACCUCUCUGCUAAGGACAAGCACGUCGUGGUCAUUGGUGGUGGUGACACUGGUAAUGACUGCAUUGGUACCUCGGUUCGUCAUGGCGCCAAGUCGGUUAUCAACUUUGAGCUUCUCCCGCAGCCCCCGCCGCAGCGUGGCCGUGACAACCCUUGGCCUCAGUGGCCUCGCAUCUACCGUGUCGACUAUGGCCACACCGAAGUGGCUCAGCACAUGGGCAAGGACCCUCGUGAAUACUGCAUCAUGUCUGAGGAAUUCGUCGACGAUGGCAGUGGACGUGUCAAGGGUAUCAACACCAUUCGUGUUGAGUGGACUAAGUCUGCUACUGGCGGCUGGGACAUGAAGAAGCUUGAGGACACUAAGCAAUUCUUCCCUGCUGACCUCGUCCUCCUCUCCAUGGGUUUCCUGGGUCCCGAGGCUCGCGUUCUCGGCGAGGAGAUCGAGAAGGAUGCGCGCAAGAAUGUCAAGACCCCUGCCGGUUCCUACGCCACCAAUGUCCCGGGUAUCUUCGCGGCUGGUGACUGCCGCCGCGGUCAAUCUUUGAUUGUCUGGGGUAUCAACGAAGGACGACAAGCUGCUCGUGAGGUCGACUUGUACCUCCAGCACUACACCAGCUUGCCCGUCACUGGUGGUAUCGUCAAGCGAACGGCCCAGGAGAUCUUCAGCGUCGCCGCAUAAGAAAAAAAAAACUGACAAACCAAGAAAAAAAAGUAUUAAAAACCAUGCGAUGUUUUCCUCAACGAAAAUGGGAUAAACACAAAAAGAAUUAUGAGAUAUAUGUAUAGCUAUGUCACAAAAACAUUAGAUUUUGGACAGGCUCGGUGCUUUUCAAAAAAUCAUCAAGGCGGGUGUGAACAUAUUGAUAUUUUACGAAGUGUUCUUCUUAUGAUACCACGAAUAAAGGGGACGGAGAAGAGGCAGAAAAUUAGGCGAGAAUGUCUAUGUACCUUAUGCAGGCAGGCGGUCUCAAGGGGAAAAAGAAUGCCUGGCUCUGGGGUGGCUCUUUGAAUGCUGCUUGCUGAUGCAGCAUAGAGUUGUUAACACUAUACGAUUACGAUAUGUGCAUGGGAUGCGAUGAUUACCAGGAGUACUGUAUAUACGAUGAUAUUCUGCUUCGAUGAAUUUAUAUUAUUUGUAGUUUACAUGAUUUUCCUUCCCUACUUGAAGUAAUAUCAUUGAUUUUCGCCAAUCGAGGCACUUACACUGGG